AUGUAUAAUCCAUAUAUACCAGAAAACACACAGGGUGAUGGGACCUCAGCAUCCUCAUCAGUGUCAUUCCCAACACCACCAAAUAAUAUCGAUACCACUACCACCACAUCCACCACCUCCAAUCAAAAUCAACCAGAAUCCAUCAUCAGCAACUUCUUCACCAACACAAACAACCCCAACGCCCCUACCACCAGAAUAACCAACAAACACAUCUCCAGUUCCACCCAUCCUUUUUCGUCCGCCCACAUCAAAAAGAAGAAACAAAACCGUAAAACCAAUAUUCGUGCCUGUGAUGCCUGCGCAAUACGAAAAGUCAAAUGUGAAUCCACUCGACCAUGUAGUCAUUGUGUAUCGAAUCAUCUAAAUUGUACUCAGUUACGAGAAAGGAAGAAAUCAGGACCGAAAACCCUACAUAAGAAAACAUUGGAUUCUAUCAAUAGUUUAAGUGAAGUGAUUGAGAAGAAUACUUUUCCAAGUUCCAGUCGUCCGUCGUUGCUGAAAUCGUCAUCGACGAAUACCGUGUUGUAUUCAAAAGAGGUAAGUGCUCCAUAUGAGGACAUGAGUCAUGGUGGAGAUGGGGGAAGUAGUUCUAAUGAUAGUACUCCUUCAGUUUCAACUGCUGCUUAUAUGUCGAAUGUUUCAUCUUCAAUAACUACUCCGCCAGUUGUAUCAACAGCAAUGGGACCGGGACCGGUUAUGUCGGCAUCAGCGUCGGCACCUAUUCCGAUGACAUCGUCAGUUUCAGCUCCUUUACCGGGAAGAUAUAAUACGCGUCCUAUGCCCCAACAACAACAUCAACAAUUACGACAAUUAGCACCACCGCCACCUCAAAGUAGUGAUGUUGUGCAACAGGAUUAUAUCGUGACUCCAUAUAAUUUAAUUGAGAAUUUGAAUUUGAUAGGUGAAGAACCAUCGAUUUAUGAAUUGGUUAAACCUUUGACUAUUCCAUCAUUGAUGUUGGAUUAUCGAAAAUUAGUUGAUUUCUUAAUAUCAAACUAUCCGAAUAUGACAUCCGCGAAUAAGGAUAUCCCCAAUCCAUUCCAUCUGGAAAUCAACCUUAUAGAUCAUCAUGAUGAUUCAUUAUAUUUAUCGAACUUAUUAAUAAUCCUUACCUUAAAUCAAAUCGUGGCCGAGGUGUUAAUCAAACUCAAAAAACAAAAAUUCAGACUGUUUAUCUCCUAUCUGAAGAAAAAACUCAUGUUUCGACAAUUCAAAACCUUCAAAAACCUCUGUCAUUUCAAAAUCCUCGAAAUAUUCUCCCUUAUAGAAAAGAACUUCAUCGUACCCCCCGUCGUCCCUCAACAUCAACUCAAAUCCCCCACCAUCGCCACCUCAACAACUUCCUCAAAUAGCAAUAAUGCCGUGAACACAAGUGCAGCCUAUCAAUUCCCCCACCUCCUCCAAUAUCAAAUCUACUACAAUCUUUCCCUCACCUGUCUCCAUCUUUGCACAUACUACCACAUCCUAAACCUAACCAACACCCUCAAUAUGACCAACAACAAGGGCCAGAAAUUGAAUUAUGGGAACGAAGCGCAAGAACACCAGAAGAUAAUCUAUAUGAAUCGGGCAAUUACUUAUUUCAGACUCAUAAAUGUCAAUCGAAAUUAUAGUAGUGGAAACACUCAUAAUGAGGAUGAAGAACGGGUUAGGGAAUUAUAUAUCACCUUGUUCACUUUUGAAAGAUAUUGGAUUUGUUUUAGUUCACAUAAUUAUAAUUUAAACUAUGUUCGGAAUAAUGAUGUUAUUCUCCAAUUGGAUGAUUCUAAGAGAAGAGGUGGAGUGGUUGCGAAUGGUGGAAACGGGGGUGGCGGCUUUUUGUAUAGGUUGAUGAAGGUUGCAGAACUGAUUAUUGAACCGAUUUGUAAUGGAUCUAAUUUUAAUGUGUUAUUAGAAUAUAAUGAUGAGUUUCUGAUGAAUUUGGAGAAUUUCACUCAGAUUAGAGGUGAGAUUGAAACUGCGAUACAAGGAAUUGAAAUGGAACAUAUUGAAACGGUCGUGAAGAAUAUUUUGUUGUUUAAGGUGUUAUUAAUCUAUCCAUUAUCAUUCCAGGAAUCAAAGGCGGUCUUGUUGGAGAUUAUAAUGGCAUUGAAUGAAGCAUUGGAAGUGGGUGAUUGUGAUGUAUUCAAGGUGCAAAUGUCCAAUUAUCAAUUAUUACAACCUAUGUUACAUAUGUUAAAGAUUGCAUUAGAAAUGAAACUGGUUGAAACAACUACAAAAAUGUUUCCAGAGGGGAAUAAUAGUCAACAAGAUCAAGAAAUAUUGAUUAGAUAUAGUGAUAAUUUACUCAAACAUUUCCCAUUCUUUAAUAAUAUCAAUAAAUUAAUCCGAGCACAUAAGAUUUUGAAUAAUUGGUUCCUUAAUUUAAGUGAAUAUAGAAGAAGAGAAAGUGAAAGACAAGAACAAGAGGCCCAACAACAACAACAACAAGUGAAACAGGAACCACAUGACCAAGGCAUGUCGAUGAGAAUGGUAUCUCCCCCCCCGCCACCAGCACCUCCUCAACAUGUUCCCCACCAUCAACAGCAUCCAAUGCAUCAAUUCACCAACAUGACUCCACACGGAAACGCAGCCUCUCCUCCAUUCAUGCAACAACAACUACAGCCACCUCCUCUGAGUGGACCACCAACUGGUCCACCGACAAUCAGGUCCGAUAUGUUCGAUUUAGACAUUUCAUAUCUCUUGAAGGAUUUCCAUGGAUCAAAUGUCGAUGAAUCAGGAGGAUUUAUGUCAAAUAAUAGUAGUACCAAUACCAAUAACUCCGGACAUAAUUAUAGUCCAGAAUAUGAGACCUAUCAACAACAGCAACCACCUCAUCGACCUGAAGACGAAGAAGACGAUGAAUACGAGGAAGAAGAAGAAGAUGAUGGGAUAUUUACGAUUGUGCCUAGACAACAACAUGGAAAUUCGUUAGCUGCUGCAGUACUGACUGACCAAGGGGAGCAGGCAAAGAGAGAAGAAGAAGGGAAGUCGUAUACUGGAUAUACACCGAAUGAGAGCAGUGGAGCAGGAGUUGGUGUUGGAGGAGGUGGGAAUAAUUUUGGUAAUUCGAUGAGUAAUUUGACUAUGUUGGGUAUUAGCGCAAGUACUAAGAAUUUCUUCAAUUUGUUGACUACUACACCUGGGGCGAAUAAUAAUAGUAGUGGGAAUAAUAAUAAUAAUUUUGACGAUACAAGUGGAGCUGGAGGAGUCAAUGGAGGAGCCAAUGGUGGUGGAGGGGGAGGUAGUGGAGGGAGUUUUCUUCGAUUAUUUCCAUUUAAUAAUAUUGAGAGUUCUAGUAGAGAUGAAUGA